AGACGAGAAAUGGCGCAGGCUGCAAUUCAGAUGGAUCAAGAAAAAGUGAGCUGUUCCGUCUGUCUGGACCUUCUGAAGGAUCCAGUGACUAUUCCCUGUGGGCACAGCUACUGCAUGAGCUGCAUUCAGGAAUUCUGGGAUGAGAAGAGAACAUACAGCUGCCCUCAGUGCAGGCGGAGUUUCACGCCGAGGCCUGUCCUGAUGAAAAACACCGUGUUGGCUGAUUUAGUGGAGGAGCUAAAGAAAGUAGAACUUGCAGAUGCUCCACCUCAUCAUUCCUAUGCUGGACCUGCAGACGUUUCCUGUGAUUUCUGUGUUGGGAGGAAGAUGAAAGCCAUCAAGUCCUGUCUGGCAUGUAUGGCCUCUUACUGCGAGCUGCACCUCCAGCCUCACUUCAACGUGGCUCCAUUGAAGAAGCACAAGCUGGUAGAAGCCUCUUCAAAGCUCCAGGACAACAUCUGCCCCCGCCACGACGAGGUAAUGAAGAUUUUCUGCCGCACCGAUGGACAGUGCAUCUGUUAUCUGUGCUCCAUGGAUGAACAUAAAGGCCACGACACGGUGUCAGCUGCAGCAGAGAGAGCUGAGAGGCAGACGGAGCUCGGAGUCGACCGGAGAAACAUUCAACAGAGAAUCCAGGACAGAGAGAAAGAUGUUAAAGUGACGCAGCAGAGGCUGGAGUCCAUCGAAGCGUCUGCUGAUGAAGCUGUGAGUGACAGUGAAAAGAUCUUUAAGGACUUGAUCUGUCUGAUUGAGAAGAAAAGCUCUGAAGUGAAGCAGAAGAUCAGAUCCCAGCAGAAAACUGAUGAGAGUCGAGUCAGAGAGCUUCAGGAGAAGAUGCAGCAGGAGAUCAGUGAGCUGAGAAGGAAAGACACAGAGCUGGAGAAGCUGUCAUCAACAGAGGAUCACCUCCAUUUUCUGAGCAGCUACUCCCGCUGGUUACAUCUGAAUGAAACUGCACCCAUCAGCCAUGACUUCACUGUGCAGUACUAUGAGAAAAUGACAGCAGCUGUGUCAGAGGCCAGAGACAAACUGAAGGCUCUUCUGAGUGACGAAUGGCCAAAAAUCACACUGAGAGAACCUAAAGUGGAAGUUCUACAGCCUCCAAAAGAUAAUGCAUUUCCACUAGAUCUGCUGUCUUCGGCCUAUGAACAGCCGGUCUUUAGGUAUCGGUUCAAGAUUCAAGGUACUGAACUCGAACCGACAUUGAAAGUUCCUGAAGCUCUCAAAAGUCAUCGAAAAUUGAAAAAAUCAACGCGAAAACUUAGAAUGCCAAAAGUUGAAGUCAUAGAAGAAGAUUUGUCCCCGUAUUAACAGGUGACUGAAAAAAAUCUUACCAAAUGCCACUGGAUCUAUAAAGUAGUGACAGCGUACACAUGGCAUCAUGGUGUGACAUCAACAGAAAAGCAACUCUCAGCCUCUCUGUCCUGGUUUUUACCUUUUACAAAAUAUUUGAGACACUGUUGAGUUGUUUCACUUCUAGUAGGAGUAACUGAACUGCAGGAUUAUGUGCUUGAUCACAUGAUUUUUAAAGUGUAUUAACAAGAUGAUGAUGUUGGAUCCGGGAUAUUUUGUAAUAUUUACAGUUAGAGAAGUUAAGGUUCUCGCAGAAGGGUUCGCUGACAGCUUUCCAUAAAACCUGGGACCCACUGCUGGCUUACAUUAGCAGUCGUCUUACUGUUGUUCCUGACGAUGCAGAGGACUUAAAGGUUGUUUGUCUAGUUUUUGUUAGUUAAUUACUUAUGUAGUUAUAUGUUGUUAUGUAAUAACUUGGUUGUGUAUUGUGACUACAGAGGAUACUUUUGCCAUGUGCUUUUAUAUGGCUUUCUACUCUUUUCUGUUCAGGUGUUUUGGGUUAAAGGGAUUCAUAUAGGGAGUUUUUUUGCGGACAUUCAGAUGUAAUGUGAAAUUGAAAUACUUUUUUAUGCUGUCUGCAGAAACUCAAUAAAGAAAUUUGGGAAAGAACAA